AUGCGGACGUACGCAAAUGAGCACUUCCAAUCGGCGCCCGUUCAGAGAUCUUCCAAUCCUGUCUUUGUACGCUUUGCGUUGAUAGCCGGGGCAGGUCCUACUGUUGUCAGCCCCGAUUCUCGUGAUUCCAACCACACUCAUGGGCUUGAUCGUCGAGAUUUUGACCUGACGGUCGACGAGCGAGGCAUCGUUGGCAGGGAGGUCGAUGUCGCAAACGAGCAAGGCCAAGUCCUAGGAAGAGGCAUCAUUGGUUGGAAUUGA